AUGGAAGACGGCGACUUCAAGUUUUGGUACGACAUGCUCAAGACGGUAGGCUUUUUUAUGGCUUUUUUGUUUUUUAUGUAAGAUUGGAUGAUCUUUUUAAUUUUAAAUUUUUUUGUUACCUAAAACAAUGCAAAACUUAAAAAAAUACUUCAAUUUUAAUAUUUUUAAAAUUAAAAUUUUUAAUUGAAAUUUAUUUUUAUCAUAAGAUUUAGACAUAAACAUUAUAAUAUUAAUAGUUUCAUCAAGAAACACCAACUUUAAGCUUAUAUUGUUGAUGUCUAUCAUGCGUAAUAUCAAAAACCCGAAAAAUGUCAGAGAUCCGCCAAUUUUAACAAAAGCCAGUUAACGAACGUUUUGGAUGUUAUAUAGUUUCAUUUCAACUUUUUUUUUAAAUUUAAAAUGGCCGAUGUCCAUCAUUUUACGAAACAGCUGCUAUAUUAUACAUGAAAGAUAAGAUAUAACAAAUGUUUGGUCAUUUUACAAGUUUCUGCAUUUUGAGGAGGAACUUCUUUUAAGUAUACUAUUUAUGUCCGUUUUGAACUUUUGAGGAUUAUUUAAAAAUGACGUUUGAAUUCGUGUUGGUAUGGGUGAUAGGUUUUGUCAUGUUGCACGGUGCAGUUAAUUUCACUUCACCGUGCAAUAAUUAAAAAAAAUUUUAUCGGUUUUUCCCGGGUUUUUUGUCGAGGGCUUUCACUCCGUAUUUUACUUUGAAUUUUAUGUUUUAAAUAAAAUGUAAUCAAAGCAAACACAAUGCUAACUUACCGCAACUUCAAAACUUGUAAAUUUUGAUUUUUUCCAUUUUGUAAAAUGAAUCAAGCCUAAAAUAAUGCUUAUUAAUGCUUAUUCUUUGCGAUUCUUAUUCUUUUCUGAACAAUAGAAAGUUUUGUUUAAAAAAAAAUUUUUUUUAUUAUAAUUCAUGACUCAGUUUUUUCAUAAAUUAAGAUUUUAAUAAUCACAUACAAUGUUAACUUUACUGUUAAGGUUUUCAAAUAACCCUCUUCCACCUCUCAAAGCAAAUUUUUGGAAUUAGAGAGCACAGAAUUAUUUGAACAAACUAGUAUUAUUUUUACUAACUUUAACACUAUUCUUUCCAGACCAUGAUAGUCCGACAACUCCGCCUGGAAAGCUGGAGUGAGCACUUCAACCGACUAGUCGAUGAAACCCAACUUCAAGAGUUGGAGCGUGUCACCACAACUCGAAUCGUAGUCGAAGAAGAUUGCAUUCAGAUAUUCGGUACACCAAGAGGCACACGGACAGCACGAGACCUGUUACGGUCGUUUAUAUUGGCUUCAAUUUUGGACAACGAGCCCAAUGUGAAGAACGUUCGCGAGGCGCGGAACGUGCGGAACGUUAACAUCAGCUUGUUAAAGUCGUGGAAGAACAAGCUGGUGCAGUUUCGGAAGUUGUUACAGAUUCACAAAACCGACAAAAUAAAUAUUUGA